CCAAAACUUUUGGAAGCAAUACGUAUCACAAGGUCAUUAAGCGGGGACAGCAAAGAAGCCAGGCACUUGGUCAGUCAACUGUGUGGUAUAUGUUUCAGACUUUCGUGUCAACUGGAGCAACAACCUUGUCAGUACCACGUUUUCACCAGCAACUCAAAAAUCUAACGAAAACUGAACGGGUCGCCACUCUACAUAAUGAAUGUUAGUUUAAGACCCGACCAUUCACUUCUCGACCCGAAUUUUGAGUCUUAUAAACUCAGUCUGCUUAAAAUACCUAUUUAUGAGGCAAGCAGUCAAAAUGGAGUUUACUGCAAACCUCUUAACGAAGUUACUUCUAAACAACAUCUCAAAGCAUACAAUAAUAUUAACUGCCUGUGUGUUAAUCCAUUUGAUACCAGCUAUGUUUACUACAUGAGUACCGAUGGGUCUUUAGUGUUGAUGAAGGUACCACAGUAUCCACAAAACUUCAACCAAGGAACCAUUGUUUUCACACUUCCUGAUUGGUGUGAACCAUCUGAUGAAAAGUUUCGUAGUGUGUCGAUCCAGUUUCCUGCGCUAUAUUAUGUAUCUUUGUAUGAUGGUUUAGGUAAUCUAUAUCUCCUAAAGCCAGAUGUUCAACAAAGAAAUGAUUUACUCAACGUUGUUAGCAGGAUCCAACCUCCUGUCCAUGAGAAAGAUAGUCAGCUAUUAGACUGUUUACUUAAUUCUGAUGACACUUCUCAUCAACUCUUUUUGGAUUGUUUAUUUGUUGGUAUUUCGAAAAAAUCUGAAGAAGAUCCCAUAUGUAGCGAUUCGACUUCAACUUAUGUGACGUAUCUUGAAUGGAUCUCUUACAGCUCACCAGAAUCCAACAUGUCUUGGUCCAUAGUGCGGCACCAGAAAUUCGUUGCAUCUUCAUUUCCUGAGUUCGCUGCCUUCGAAGGUGAUUGUUCAGCACUGCAUAUUUGCUCAGAAAGAAAAUUUCAUGCUAUUUACGACUCCUGCAAUCCAUCUGUUCAUGAAAACUACCUUAAUAAAUAUUCUGAGUCUAAACAAAUGGAUACAGAAGAUACAUGUAUUGGACAGGAUCCCGAGUUUCUCGUAACUUGGACACAAACUGACGCCGAUGAAGAUAUCAAUCCUAGUUUGCUCAAUGUCACUUUUACGCUAAAUGGUAUCACUCUCCCAUCUUCAUAUGAUUCGAAUAUUGUUUCUGUGGAAAUCAUUCCAAUCUGUGAAGAGUCAUCUAAACACCAGAUACUCCGCGCGAACCUGCACUCCUAUAAUCCAGUCACGAAAACUAAAAAAAAUAGUGAUCGCCCUAUCACACUGAUUGAUCAGAUGCUCUAUGAACCAGUAGAACCCAAUUCCUCGUGGACCUAUGAUCGAAAAAAUAACCGCAUUGAAAUACGCAUAACUAAACAGAAUUCCCAUUACUGGCCCCGUUUGUUACUCGAUCCACAUGAAAAUAAAAUAUUAACUGGAAUGCACUGCUCACAUCACACUGGUUUGGAUGACCAAAUGCGUGUACAAUCAGAUGGAAAGGCUGAUUUGACACCGAAACCGCCUUUCAAUGUUGGCCAGCUAGAAGAAGUUGAUUUCCCAAUGAGUGAAGAUGAAACUGAUCUUUUAUUACAAAGGUUCGACCAUGAAACUCUCAAGUGUACUCAUCAGGCCUAUUUAUCAGGACAUCAAUGGUUGUUCAAAAUUCGUUGUGCUACGGGGAAACCAAAUGCUACACACGCUUUCUGUAUCCGUCAUGAUGUAGAUGGGAUAGUUUGGUUACCACUAUGCCAGAAUACACUGACAGGAAGAGACCCAUGCGUAUGGAGACAUGUCUCAACUUUGCAAGCAUUUGGCUACGUUCUCGCCAGUAAACGUGAAAGUAGGUUUGUUUCUAGUCCAGUUUUAUCGGACGGAUCUCCACUAAAAUUUGUGGCAGUUGCAGACUUGACAAGGAGAAUCUACAUAUAUUGUCAGCCCCUAUCAAAUGAUUCUAAGGAUACAGAACUAAGGAAACGCACAACAGCUAACUCAUCUUCAGCAAAAAAGCAACAGAUUGUACAUGUCGCAUCACAACACGUAGUUACCCUACCAACUAAUGACCCAAUAAUUGGAUUUGUUGCUACAGACAAACCCUAUCCAUCAGUUUUGGUAUGCACACAGUCUACAUUGUACUUGUUAUCACUUGAUGGAUGAAAGCAAAUUACUUGCGUUAUCAGUUGUAUUUUUGCCAUAGUAAAUUUUACAUAAGAUUGUUAACAACGUUUCUGUUUGCAAAUCGUACGCUUUUUGUAAUUUUCGUGUAUUGAAGAAAAUUCGGUAUAUUAUGUUGCAUGUCGUAUUGGUUUUUUGUCAUUGCUUAAAUUCAAAAGC